CAGCAAGACACUUUGAGUUUGAGUCUGACAGGCCUCUCUCAUCCACCGACGAAUAAGUACCGCCAUGGAUUGUUUGCGAACCAGAGUUCCCCCCUCAUCUCCUCCCGGCCAUGCACUUGGCGAGUACACUGAGCCUCCGCCUGCUUGCGCUUGCCGGUGUGCUUGGACUACACGUUCCUGAACAGCUCCCUCUGAAGGGCAACCUUCCGACUGAGACACCCCGGUCUCGGCCGUGGAGUGAACGAUUGAGCAAGGAUGCGACUGGGAACCUCGUGUUCCAGUCGUUGGCAUCCUUGAUGCAGAUGCGGCCGAAUUCGAGAUACCCUUACGGUCACGCCAUUGUUCGUGCUCACAUUCCUCCGGGAACACUUCUCUACCAUGGGCGUGGCAGCGAUGUCUUCCCUGAGGCAGACUGGAUCGCCUUCGACCCGGAGCAUUCCCAAUUCUUCACGCGAGGAGACAAUGGCACCCUCUUCACGUUCGCUACCACUCGCGAUCUCAAGCUUGUCUACUUCGAUGGAUGCAGUGGCGACAAGGCGGAAGGCGUUGACGAUACUCAAGACAUCCUCAUCUGGGGAGACCUCGGCCAUAAUUCCGGGAGGGAGCCCGGUCCUGGUGAACAGCAACGCCUCAUUGAUGCCUGUCAAUGGGGUAAGGAAUAUGGUGUUGACGGAUUCGUGAGGAUGGAGGGGGACUUCGAGAUUAUGUACUGUGACUUCAAGCAGGGCCUCGAACUCGUCUCCGCGCUGAACAUCAUCACCACUCGCGGGCCAAGGGGACCUGGACGAAGGCCCGGUGGGGAGCAGCCACCUAUCGGCGGACACGACGGACCCUUGGACGGACCUCUAGAUGAGCCUGAAGGACCAGGAGGUCCUCCCGGUGGCCCUGGCAGACCCGGUGGUCCCGGUGGUCCGUGGGGUAGCCCCAGCACUCCGCCUAAGGGCUGGAAAGGCAGCCUCCACGACACGCAAUCUGUGCAACUCGCGGGCAGCUGGCACGGGUCCUUCCCCGGCGACCUGCGCGUGCGCGUAGAGCCCGCGGGCAUGCUAACCUUCUUCGACCCCGCGUUUACGUCGCUCGUCGAGGGGCGCCGCGAGCUGACGCGCGAGCAGUACAGGCUGGCGAACAUCUCUGGCGCGGACGUCGCCCGUGCGCGCGAAGACAUCUCGGAGAUAUUCUCGCGCGGACCGUAUGAGCGGAGCGGCGUGGAUUGGCAGGGUCUCGCACAGACGGUACAAGAUCGCUUCUCGCAGCGGCUGCCGUAUCUACGGUACCUUCUGCACCAGCCGACGCAGAACGCGUCUGCUCAGGCGGCAGCGGUCCGCUCACAGCUGAUCACGUCGCUGAUCCCCUACAUGCCGCGCGCGAACGUAGGCGAGCCUGGGUGGUUCGCAGAGAUGGCGCGCGGCUGCCGGGCGAGCUUCACAACGCACCUGCCUGUGUCGCGCUUCACAAAGCAGGAGCAUGUCCUGCACAACGCACUCGACGAGGUGUUGCACGAGAUCUGUCGUGUGCUCACGAGUGCAUGGAGCGACGCCUUCGAUAUUGAGGAGAAGACUGGGGAUGUCGCGACUGAGAUGUUGGCGAAGUGGAGGGACGAGGUCGACGGGCUGGUUGAGUGGCUGGACUGGCCGGUCUGGAUGGGCUGUGAGCCCGGGUGCGCCAUCAAUGAGUUCUGCUAUGUGCCUCAGCCACGUUUCGGGCGCAGACCUGAUGAAGACAUCGACAACAAGCCGCGCUGCGUUGAGUGGGCGCCAGCCAGUCCGUAAGAUUUAUAGACUGCCUGCUUAUGUUGACGGCAAGCCUUCACGAGUCGGCUGCACUGUGUUCGUUCUGGCCCGUUUCGGAUAACCUAUGUGUUCCUCGAACGAUACUCCAGUUUUCUGGACUCCGAUCGUUGCUUGACCGUUGCUCAUAAGUUGCCCUUGUUAUGCUCCCUUGACGGAGUCUAGUGAUUGUGCGAUGCGUGAUCUCACUGGCUACGUACAAAGGUUUACGAUUAUAAAAGCGUCUCACUUCACUCUAUGCUUGUGACUCUAAGCGAAGCGA